GGCUGCGCGCGGCCUCUCCGUUGUUGCCGUUGGUGACGCGAUUUGUGAAGAGAGAAAGAUAGCCAGCUACGGAGGACGCCGAGAAAGAGCGUCUGUGCCUGGGAGGGGGAAACCUCUCACAACAGCUUCGCCACUGAAGCUAAAUAUAUCGAAUGCAUUAGCUAGCCAGCUUUGUGCGCGGUUCCGGACAUAGAAGGCAGUCUACGCAACCUUCUGAUCACCCGUUUCGGUCACUAGACGCUUCCUCUACACCAGACAGCCAAAUAGCAAAUCGCCAUUAUAUGAUCCAGUAUACAGCGUCACUUUUGCCCUCCAUGUGGGUGAGGGACCUGUGUGUGUCGGAUUAUGGCGAGAAAAACAGUUAGCAGGAAAAGGAAGGCAGGAGAUCUCAAGGAACAACAACAGGUGGGCUGGGGCAGUACUGGUGCUGGGCAGAAGAGGGCCCGCUUGUCGGCAUGCUCGCGCCACGCGCAGCAGUGGUGGUGCUGCCGCCGCUCGGUGGUGUGGGCUCUGCGCGGGCGCGAGUUCCGGCCGCAGCAGCAGCACGAGUGGGGCCUCCAGCGCAACCUGCGCGGCUUCGCUGCCGCCCGGCUGCCCGCCAUCCUCAGCGAGCGAGAGUUCUCGCUCGGCCGCCUCAACAAGGUGUUUGCCUCGCAGUGGCUCAACCACCGGCAGGUUGUGUGUGGGACCAAGUGCAAUACGUUGUUUGUGGUGGAUGUGCUGACGGGGCAGAUUACGCGCAUCCCCAUGCUGCUGGACCGGGAGAGGCGCGCGCCAGGGGCCGUGGUACGGGGCCUGCCCGGCUCCUUCAUGCCCGGCUCGGGCUCCCCGCUGGACAACCAGCAGGGCUGCGGCAUCCACGCCAUUGAGCUCAACCCCUCUGGCACGCUGCUCGCCACCGGCGGCGACAACCCCAACAGUCUGGCCAUCUACAGGCUGCCCACACUAGACCCCGUCUGUGUAGGAGAUGAUGGCCAUAAUGACUGGAUUUUUUCCAUUGCUUGGAUCAGUGACAGCAUGGCUGUAUCUGGCUCGCGGGACGGGUCCAUGGGUUUGUGGGAGGUGUCCGAUGACGUGCUGAGUCAGGCGGAAAGGCGGCAGGACGAGGAAGGCGUCCCCGGCUACACCCACAUCUCCCACCGCGCGCUCAAGGACAUCCCCAAGGAGAUCACCAACCCUUACAACUGCAAAGUGCGCGCCCUUGCCUUCAACAACAGCCACAAGGAGCUUGGCGCUGUCUCACUAGAUGGAUACUUCCACCUUUGGAAGGCCCAGGACAACCUGUGCAAGGAGCUCUCCACAAAGUUGCCCCACUGUAAGGAGAACGUUUGUCUGGCCUACGGGAUGGACUGGUCAGUGUAUGCUGUAGGCUCUCAAGCCCACGUCUCAUUCCUAGACCCACGCCAGGCCUCCCAGAACAUCAAAUCCGUCAGCUCCAGGGAGCGUGGCAGCGGUAUUCGUUCCGUGAGCUUCUAUGAGCAUAUUGUCACAGUGGGCACAGGCCAGGGGUCACUGCUGUUCUACGACAUCCGUGCCCACCGCUUCCUGGAGGACCCAAACUGCCCUGUGGGCUGCCAGGGCAGCUACCGCAAUCGGCCAGGAGAGAGCAUCCUGAAGCUCACCACUGGCAGGGGAUGGCUGAAUCACGAUGAGACGUGGAGAAGCUACUUCUCCGACAUCAGCUCAUUCCCCAACGCAGUGUACACGCACUGCUACGACGCCUCCGGCACCAAGCUCUUUGUUGCUGGCGGGCCCCUCUGCUCUGGCCUGCAUGGGAACUACGCCGGCCUCUGGAGCUAGCCUCUCCCAUCUGCCCCACUCUCCCUGUACAUCUCCCGGUCUCUCUCUCCCAAGGCUCUCCCCCCUUCUUUUGCACGCACACAUACGUACACACAUAUACACACACUCUUUACCCUCUCACCCCCUCCUCACACGCACAAAACACGCGCACGCCUAGUCACACAGAUGGUGCUCACUUUCCCCUCCCUCGUUUGCCUCACAUUUGUUUUUUCAUACCGACUUGUCAAGUCGUUCUCGCAUCCGUGUUGCCCGGUCAGGAUCAUGCUCACCGCUCCUUUGGCUCCUGCAGUCGUCCGCCCCCCUCCUCCACCUCUUCCUCCGCAGCUGGGAGAAACUGUGUGUAUUUGUGUGUGUGUGUGUGUGGUGUGAGUUCUUUGAACAGGAUGGGUUCCUCUCAGGAAGGCACACCCCAACCCCCCCAAGUGAUUGUGAGCAAGCAGGAUGGUGGAGACGCCUGUCACCACCUUUACUUGCCAAUGAUCUUUUUUUUUUUCUUGUUUUUUUGUUUGUUUUGUUUUUGUAAUAAACAAAUCGCUAAAGAGAUAUUAAUCAUUUAAGUCACACCCAGGGAUUUGAAAUGUUUGUUUUUUUGUUUUAGUCCCCAGUGAACUUUUCUCCCUUAGUGGUUGUGUAUGUUUGAGCGAUGCAAACAGUCUUUAUGAUGUGUGCAUGCCUGGCCUUUUGGAGAGGCACCUGUCCAAACCUCUGGCAUUUCAGGCUCUCUGUCUGUAAUGGACUGAUACAGAGAGAUUGAGAGCAACAAAGAAGGGGAUGGGGAGGAGACGAGAAAUACAGACAUGUGUGUGUCCAUGGAGAGGAUGGGGAGAGAGGAGCUCAUAUGGGACCUUGGAACCGAGACUCAGAUGAACGUGAAGAAAGCCCAGCAAAACUGCCCAGCUGUAUAUGGAGGUGACUGUGGAACCAGCCAAUCAAAGAAAGAAAGAGACAUCACAGAGCCAAUCAAAUUGUGGGACUCAUUUUUUUUCUCCCUCUGAUGAUGGAAUGAAACAAUGACUGUUAAGCUCCUUCCAUGUCCCAUGUCGUCUCUUUGCAGAUAAUCUUGCAGAUGCUUAUUUUAUUUUAAAUUCUAACUUGGGCGGUUUGUGUGAUUUAGCAUUCACUUAUUAGUAUUACUUCCCCCCCCAAAUUCUAUUGUUAUUGUUCUUAUUUAUUUUCUGAAUUCUAUCAUUAUAGCUCACAGCCCUGCUGGAGGUGCAUAAUCUUUUAGAGUUGCACUUGGUGCUCUUCUCCUCCUUUGAGUGGGAAAGUGGCCACGUGUCUCCACCUCUCUGUUGCUCCAUCUUUCUCUUACUCUUCCACUCCCUUUGAGCUGGUUGAGCAGUAGUGAGUGACUCCGUUGCCUUUCUGCAGUCUUUCUGUGAAAGACCAAGGCAGGCUUAUGUUUUCAUUUUGGUUUUCUUUUUCCCCAAACAUGGAAUUUUUGUAUGGAGUUUCCAUUACAAUGUUAGAACAGCAACAAAUGAAUAUGAUGAACACGAGUACGAUCAUAUAUAUAUAUAAAUAAUAACCAUCACUUUAAAGAUUUAUUUUAUAUAUAAAUGUGUAUGUAUAAGUAUUUGGGGAAAAAAUGGGGGAGUUGAAAAAUUGUCAAACUGUCUGAGGAUGUGUGUGAGCGUGUGUGUGUGGACUAACCUGUCGUUAUUUAGGUGGUGCCCUCUUUUUUUAUACACACUUCAUGAAUGUUUUUACAGAUACUGAGUCAAAGGUAUUGUACAUUAACAAUUUCAGCAUCAGGAAACAACUUAUAAAAACUUAAGGGGGGAAAGAAGAUAAUGAAUAAAAUUCUAUUGAUGUAUUUUUUUCCUAUUUGAA